UCACAGUUGUAAUGUGAAUUUCAAGUGCAUUCUGAUAUAGGCUAUGGGGUGUCAAUUUCAUGCACAGUCAUCUACAUUAUCAUCAUUGGUGUGGUAAAAAACAUGGUAUCUAUGCCUUCUCUUUAGAAACAACAAAGGCUGGAUGUAGUGAAAACAUGGCAUAUUAGAUCUUCUUGCUGGGUGUGUCAGUACUGUGGAAUGAGUUAACUGAACUGUUUCUUGGUGUACAGAUGCAUGUAGGGCACUCAUGACAUCCAUGUUAACUGCUUCAGUUUAAUUCAUCAAUCAGUUUUGUUCUCGCCGUAGUGUGCGACCGUCUUUAUAAACGAGCUCACUAGUGCAUUGGACUUAAUGUGGGCCUACCCGUCGGAUAUAUAAACGUGUCUCUUAUAUUAUUGCUCCGUGAAAAUAUUGUGUAAACAUUGACAUACUCGGGUUAAAUAACACUACAGGGGAGAGCCGUUUUAUUUGGAGAAUCCUCUAUUACAACAAGAACGUCAUCAAAAGGAUAACUGUACAGUUAUUGUUUAUUGUCAUGAGAGACGCAGGAGGACACGAAGGAGGCUCCCCAGAUGGUGUCCGUAACCAUCACGAUGGAAACACUGGCUUUUGCAACUUCCUCUGUGCCGCCAAGCCUCUCAUAAACAGGUUUUCUUGCAGUUUGAUAUGCUUUGCUGCUGGUUUCGGAUUAAUAAUUUAUGGGAUAGUGAGCUACAUAAGUCUAGCACAUGUGAGUCCCGGUGUAGCUUGGCAGCGUUUUAUGUAUAUCGGCAUCGGUGCUUUGACGAUAGGAACCGGUGCUCUUGCUUUAGGGAGACUGUGCUGUCUUUACCGAACGUAUCGACGCCAUGAGCAGACAACGCCAAAUGUUGCCCUACAUGGGAACUUGGGCCCACGACAGCCACAAGUAUGGAUAGCCGGUGGACAGACGACACCCAACCACCCUUACGGACCUGGGCAACAACAUCCCCAACAUGGGUGUCCUCCAGUAGGUUCGCAGUAUCCUACAGGGGCAUACCCUCAACAACAACCCCAUCCCCAAGCAGGGGGUGCGGUGCCGACACCCAACCUACCUUACGGACCUGGACAACAACAGCCCCAAUAUCCUCCUCCAGCAACAGUGGGUCCGCAGUAUCCUUCAGGGGCGUACCCUCGACAACAACCCUAUCCCCAAGCAGGCCUGGGAGUGGUGCCGCUCAAUCAGCAAAACACACCUGUACAGACAGGUGUAUCAUAUGGGUACUCAUCACAUCCAGGGUACCCGCCCAAUGCCCACCAUGCGCAAGAGCCACCACCUACACCAUCAUCACCACCUCCUGCUUAUGACGAUGCAGUUAAAAAUGAGCAAAAUGAAAUAUAAAUCACGUCAUUUUACGCCCCUCUUUAUGUACAUAGGGAAAGUGCGCCGUUUUAAUUACAGAGUAAAUUUAUUAACUCAUGUUUCCCUUGUUUUCAAAAAGCAACACCCAGUCGACAAACCGUGAAAGUAUGUCAUCAUCGCUCAAGUUUUACUGGGGAAACAAAUGUUUGAUUAGAGGGUUUUUAUAAGACGCUCGUCACCGCAACAAUGGAAAGCAAAUCUUCCUACAACACUAUCGGGGGAACUGAAAACAAACACAGCUUUUGUCUCCUGUUGCAAAAACAUUGCGCCCUCUCCUAGUAUUUCUUUUGACGACGAUGUAUACCAUAGGCCUACUGAUUGAAACGUAGAGUUCUUGCACAUCUGGUUCUUUUCAAAACCAACACAGCUUAUAAAAUGAUAACAUGAACAUUAAGUCUUUAUAUAGUUUUGAUUCCCAGAUUACCAUGCUAAAAAAACCACAUAAAACUUGAUCAUCUUCCUAUACCCCAGGUACUAUAGCCUAAUGACUGUUAUCCCAAAGACUACAUCAACAUAACCAUGUUCAAAAGAAAUAUUUUUGAACUAUUGUUGUUGUUUGUUCAGUUAAACAUUGUCAAGCAUUUUCCCACAUCCUACAAUCUGUCUUGGAGAAUGUUCUCGAAAGCAUUCGCUUAUUAUUUGCAAUUAUAGGCAAUUCACAAACGAAGAAAACAUAGCAUUCCUUAGUUGCUAUUUAGCCAUAUCUACAUAGUUCUGUUCAACAUGUUUAUUUUUUUGUCCUAUAACUAAAAAUUUAUUUGCAAUUACGUGUAUUGUUAUCGUGCUUUGUGACAUUGCCGAAAAUAAUGUAAUUCUUAUGAUCUCUAUUGCUCGUAGAUUCGUGUGUGUUUAUACACCAAGGCAUUACAUGUAUACAUGUACAUGUUGCGGAUGACAAGUGUACAAUUCCUAUAAAUUUUCUUUGACAAUCAAAGAAAUUAGCAUACCAAUACACGCUCGUUGACAUUGUAUAACAGAUGUUCCAGACAGAGAGUUUACAUAAUAUUAAAUGAGUGUUAAUCCGAAGGCUUUAGUGAAUGGCAUUGUUUAUAACAAAAGGCAACGUUCACAUAGUUUGGAGUUCAUAAGCACUACCAUGGAGCUAUAAAAAGGAAUGCUCAUGUGAGACUGGAGGAGUAUAGAAACAUUUUGCAUGUGUCCUAACGCGACACAUGUAGAAAUCAGAACUUGUACACUCAAUAUCUCAAGACUAAAAUGAAUAAUAAUAUUUUCUUACCGUACCCUCAUCAUCCAGCAACGAGCUUCAUUUUCGUUAUGUCAGCCACUUCCAAAGACAACAACCAGCACAACCAAAAUGUCUCUUGAAUAAUAAUUAUUUGACCUGAGCCGUUGUUGCUGCCGUUUCAAGCUGUGGGCUCCUGUCCAGUUUCAGUUCCGUAUGUCUUUGAUGCUGUUCACCGAUACCUUUUGACACAUGGGAGUAACACAAUUAUUACAUUUUAUAUGGAAGAAUAAACAACAAUGUUACUAAAUAAUUUAAAGGUGAAUAAAUUAUCUUU